AUGGAUUCACCAUCCAAACGUCCCCCCAUCUAUGACCUAACCAAUGGUGGUCAUUAUGGGGCAAGCGCUGCUGUGAGUGAUCCGGUCUACUUCUCCCUUCAGGCGAUAUAUCGAUACUGGUUUUUAUCUGCCCAGGGUUAUGUCCCUCACACCGAGUUGUACUCAGGAUUAUGGUCAAAUAUCAACCAAGGCCUUACUGGCCCAUCUCGCGAAAUCCUUGCGACUUAUUGGCAACAAACCAUCAAUCAUCUUGAGACAGACACCCAUGACUUCAAAAUCCAUCAACUCCCUCUAGCUCGAAUCAAAAAGGUGAUGAAAGCCGAUCCAGAAGUCAAAAUGAUAUCCGCCGAGGCACCAAUUCUCUUUGCCAAAGGGUGCGAUAUCUUCAUCACGGAAUUGACGAUGCGCGCCUGGAUUCAUGCCGAAGACAACAAGAGGAGAACCCUGCAACGAAGUGAUAUUGCGGCCGCGCUAGCCAAGAGCGAUAUGUUUGACUUCCUCAUCGACAUCGUCCCACGAGAAGACAGCACUGGGCAUGGCAGCACCUCGAAACGUCCCAAUACCAGUGGGCAAGCCGCCGCCGCUCAAGUUCCUCAGCAGCAACCCCAGCAACAGAUGCCCCCUCCGGACUAUAGCAUGCAACAUGGUACGAUGGGCCCUCCUGACAACCAAUAUGGAAGACCUCAGAUGUAUCCUGGGCAUAUGGGCGGCGAUAGUCAGCAAGACCCGAACCAAGGAUAUGGACAACCUCCACAAAUGUUCGCUGGAGGUGACAUGUACAAUCCCUAUACACAGGGACAAUUUGGCGGAGCGAGCGCUCAACAGAUGUACUCGAACCUCCCCGGACAGCGACCACAAAGUCAAGGGUAUGGUGGUCCGAGACCUGGAACGGCAGGAAGAAACGAACAAGUCAAUGAGCAAGGUUAUGGACCCGGUUAG